GUUCGUUCGCUGAACUCAGAAGUUGCCAGUCACAGGAGCCAYAAUGGCGAUUGUAGUCUCUUUAAAAUAGGGCUGUGGAUGCUACCAAAUCCACUAACAUCGCCCUAAUUAUAGGCCUGGUUGACUUCCAGAGCCAUUGAUAAUAAACUGGAACAUCUACUGCACACGAAAAUACUAUGAUUUCUGAUCAUUAUUGAGUUUUAUAGGGGAUAAAACUUACAUUAAAAGGAACAUGUAAACAGCACCAACCGGGUCAAGUUUUCAUUUUGUUGGAGAAAUGAGCGACGGCUGCUUGUUUCUGAAAGCUAAGCUCGUUCCUCUGAGGAAUAAAAGCACCUUUACUUAAACUUGGCACCGGACAAGGACAGCUUUCACAAAGAAGGGACUUAUUUUUUUUUCUUUUUUCGCCAGUCCRCUCGCUAGCUGCCGAGCAUUAGCUAGCGGUGCUAGCUACGUUGAGACGGAGGCGACGCUACAAUGCUCCAGUGUUUGCUUUGGACCUUUUUCCUUCACUGACGAACUCCGAGAUCAAACUUCACGGCACGGGAACAGACAUUUUAUUUUUCCUGUUUUUGACGAACUACGUCGAGGAUCUAAUGGAAUGAAUUGGCGCUAAAGCAGGACUGGAUAUGUGAGCGGCCUUGUCUGUUUUGUGUUUAUUAUUAUUGUUUUUCGUUCAGAUCUGCUUGGUAAACAUUUUUUGUUUUGACAUUUGGAGUAAUCGCCCGGUUUCCCGUUAAUGAGCUGUCCGGAUCGCGGUAGAGGAGGCACCGACGCCGGCGUAAGGUAUGCCUGGGUCGGACCGAAACCAUGGGACCAAGAGGAAGACGGACUCUAGCGGCGGUGUGUCACAUCAAACCCAAGGCCUUCGCCCCUCCGAGGGAGACAUGACGAGCAAAGACGGUAAAGUGCAGCUAAAGUCUCUAAUGUCCUCCGCUUCGAAGCGCAAGCGGCACAAAUCGAACAAAUUUAUUCGGGAUUCGUCGGCGGGAACCGAGGAGUUUACAUUCGGUGACACGGUGCCGCCUGGCGUCAACACGGUGAAACCUCUGGUGGAGUACGACGACAUCAGCUCCGACUCGGACACCUUCUCGGAGCCCCCGACCUCCAGGCCGUCUGAGAGGGGGGCUGUAGACCGCUUGGACCCCUCGCCGGACUACGACAGGGGGGACGUAAGCAGGGAGGUGGACGGCGGCGUAAACAAAGAGCACCGACAGCCUCGGAAGAAGUCCAAGGACCCCAACAAAGUUAGAGACGCUGGGAACGGCGAGCAUGGACUCAAGAAGAAGAGCAGCAAAGACCGCGAGAAGGGCAGGUCCGCCAAGAGCAAAGAGAAGCCGGCCGCUUCUGGCUCCUCGUCCAGGCAGCCGGCUGACGCCAAGCGGGAGCUGAUGCUCUCGAACGCACAGACAGCGGCGAGCGUCGGCAGCGCCACUUCCUCCACGUCUUCAUCCCGCAGCAAGGAGAGCAGCCGCUCAGGGAAGCCCCACAAAGACCGGCAGCAGAAGAGAGAAGCCCGUGGGGACGGGAGCCGCGGCUCCUCCCAUAGGAGCCGGACAGACAGGACUCACCGCAAGUCCUCCAAGAGCCACAAGUCGAGCCCCAAGGGCAAGCCGUCGAACAGGGGGAGCCCCCGCAGGAAAGGCGCCGGCUCCGCCCUGACGCCCAGCCCCAGAAGGAAGGCCGGCAGCGAGAGUCCACAGGGCUACGGGCAGCAGCACGUYGACGACGGCUACUCCAGGCGCAGGGUGGCCCAGCAGAGCCCCGGGGACACGCCGCGCCGCAGCAGGCAGAGAUCAGACAGCCCGUACGGCAGCAGACACAGGUCCUCCAGCUUCGAGAGGGACAGCAGCCCUUACACCAGGAGGCGAUCCAUCAGCCCGUAUGCCACCCGCAGGUCCUCCAGCACCAGCCCGGUGUCUCGGCGCUCGGGCCGUUCCAGAAGCCGCUCUCCGCUGCAGUACUCCUCUCGUCGCUCCCCCUCUCGUUCCCGAACCAAGAGGCACGCUUCCUCUGGGGGAGCAGGGGGCAGCACCCACAGCAGUCGGGCAGCAAGCCGCUCCCCUCCCUCCUCCCGCCUGCCCCUCAACUCCAGCUUGGGCGCGGAGCUCACCCGCAAAAAAAAGGAGCGCCUGGCCGCAGAGGCRGCCGCCCGCGCCAGCGGCACGGCGUCGCCUCUGCCGUCGGCAAACAAAGCUUCGAGCUCUGCGUCGUCGCGGCCCGCUAAAGCCGAGCCCCCUCAGCUAGAAAAAGACUCGUCGGCCAAAGGUGAAGCCCAGCCUCCGCCGACCGCACAGCCCCCGCCCAACACCCCCAGUUCUGAGGAUCAAGUCGCAGCAUCUCUACCUUCCUCACCUGCACUACCUCCCCCUGAGCCCUCCCCUCCAGCGCCGCCCGGUCCAGCCGCCCAGGCGCCCCCGCCUCCUCCACAGGCAGAAACAGCAGUUCAGCUUCCAGCGAAUCCCGUCUCCCAGGCAAAAUCGCCAGCUUCGGUUCCUCAACGCAGCCCCGUUCGCCAGACACCACUCCACAAGACGUCCACUCUGCCGCCCCUGCCUUUACCCCCUGCACUGCUGGGCGGCUCUCAGAACAGGCGAACUUGUUGCUUUGAAGAAAGUGCGACUGGACAAUGAAAAGGAGGGUUUCCCCAUCACAGCCAUCAGGGAGAUCAAGAUCCUGCGGCAGCUCAAACACCGCAGCGUCGUCAACAUGAAGGAAAUCGUCACCGACAAACAGGAUGCACUCGACUUCAAAAAGGAUAAAGGUGCUUUUUACUUGGUGUUUGAAUACAUGGAUCAUGACCUGAUGGGCCUUCUGGAGUCCGGCCUGGUCCAGUUCUCCCACGAACACGUCCGCAGCUUCAUGCGUCAGCUGAUGGAAGGUCUGGACUACUGCCAUAAGAACAACUUCCUGCACAGAGACAUCAAAUGCUCCAACAUACUCCUCAACAACAGAGGUCAGAUCAAACUGGCUGACUUCGGUUUGGCUCGACUUUACAAUUCUGAAGAAAGUCGACCAUACACUAAUAAAGUAAUCACACUAUGGUACCGUCCGCCUGAACUGCUCCUGGGUGAGGAGAGGUAUUCUCCAGCCAUCGAUGUUUGGAGCUGUGGGUGUAUUCUUGGAGAGCUCUUCACUAAGAAACCCAUCUUUCAGGCUAAUCAGGAACUUUUACAGCUGGAGCUCAUCAGCCGUCUGUGUGGAAGUCCGUGUCCUGCAGCCUGGCCCGAUGUCAUAAAACUUCCUCUUUUCAACACCAUGAAACCCAAAAAGCAGUACAGACGGCGACUACGAGAAGAGUUCUCCUUUUUGCCUAUUUCUGCCCUGGACUUGCUGGACCGAAUGCUGACCCUUGACCCUUCGCGCCGCUGCACGUCAGAGCAAGCGCUCCUCAGCGAAUUCCUAAGUGACGUCGAUCCCAACAGGAUGCCCCCGCCCGAUCUCCCUCACCACCAGGACUGCCACGAGCUGUGGAUUAAAAAGAAACGGCGCUCACGUCAGAGCGGGCUGCCUGAGGAGGUGUCUGCGCCCAAAGCGCCCCGUAAAGAUGCAGCCGGGACCUCCAGCGCAGAGAACAGCCGAACCCAGAGCAGCCCGACCGGAGCUCCGCCUCCCCCGCCAGGAAAACCGGCCUCCACGGCCAAAUUAGAGAGCGAGUUGUCGGGUCUGGGAGUGGCUGCAGAGCAACUGAACCAAACAGAACUGGCCGUGCUGCUGAACCUCCUGCAGGGACAGACCGAGCUCAGCCUGGCCCAGGUGGCCCAGCUCCUCAACCCCUCCAAUCCAGAGACUCUCACCCAGCUGCUGUCCACCCUYAACGAGUCCUCUGACCACCAGGGGGCGCCAGAGGACAAGGCCCAACCUGACGCCGCUGCCGUGUCCCAGCCCCCAGAGCCCCCUCCUGAGCCCCAGGAGCCCUCUCCCACCUCUGGAGACCCUCCUCUCAGCCAGGAAGACCAGGCCAGUCUGCUGGCUCUCAUUCUGGGCCAAAUCAUAAAACCACAAAGCGAGGAGCAAACYGACGAGAGCAACGGCCUUCAGCCAGAGGAGGCGCUCGCUCGCAGCUCGUCCGCUUCUACUACUGAUUCCAAGGAUGGUGCUGUGUCGAAAAGGAAGCAACUUUUKGUCAACCAGGUGGCCGACCAGCGGCCCCCGUCUCCUCCCGGACCACCUCCACCGGCCGCUCCCCCCGGGGGUUCCCAUCGCGGCGAGCCGGACCCCCAGCCCAGCCAGGACAUCAGCCCGUCCGUGGCCGCCGCUCUGCUUCAGCUCAUCUCUCAGCAGGACCUGGACGCUGUGGCCUCCAAGAAAAGCAGAGACCCCUCCCCGGGUGAGGAGGACGCCCCGCCCCCUCCGCCCUGGGACUCCCCCACCAAACCUCCAGCUGCAGCCGGGACCCCAGAAGGCCCGGUGACCGCCGCUGCCACCACGUCCUCGCAGUUCCCGAAGGACCAGGACCUCCGUUUUUCUCACGGAGCCGCCCGCUGAACCUCAGUGCGAUGGUGAACCCGGGUGUCGUUGGACGACUCCAGCAGCCCCCCCAGACCUGAAGGGAAAGGAGGGGGGCCCCGCCCCCCUACAGAAAGUGACUCACUGGACCAAGAGCAGGUAGUGAAAGUCUGAUMAAAGAUUCUGAAAGUAAAUGUUGAAAUGAGAGUUCAGGGUUGUUUUGGGUUUCAGGUAACGAACCCCUCACCUUGUGGUGGGAGGGGGUUGGAGGGGGGGUUGGAUCAGUUAGGAGGGUCUGGACUGGAUGAGUUUUGGGAUUGUGGGCUAUGCAACUGAUGCUCAGAAUUAAAAGCACCUGUGAGCUUUUUUUUCCCUCUAAAACAAAAAUGAUUGUCCUGCUCACAGCAGCUCUGAGUAGAGAGAAGUUCUCAGUUCCUCCUGUUUUAAAGCCUUAUCGGACCACCGUGACGCCGACUAACCCCCCGAUUGAUUUCAGGCCUGUGUGGGGGGGACGAGUGGCUUCAGGUUUCUGCUUUGCGUGACGUCGGUUUUCAGAAAAUUUGUCCAAACUCAAAGCUCUGCAGGCUGACUGUGACUCGCUGGAACAAGCCUGAGCUUCUCGUCGUUCAGUCACUUAAUAAACAGCUGCUCUGUAAAAACACAACAGAUUCUAGUUGAAGUCUAAAGCUUAAAACUAAGUUGCRCACAAACGUUUUCAGCUUUUCUGGUGGGCCCUCGAAGCUUCGUCURACUUGUGUCCCUCGCGGUCCUGACGAGUUUUGCAACAAAACAUCUCUUUUUUUUUUUGCAUUUAUUUUCUACACAAAUAAAAAAGAUUAUGCUCUUUAAAAGGUAAGGGUUGGUCUUUCUGUUUCCCUUUUUAUUUUCUUUUUUUUUUUUGCUUUAGGAAAAGAAAUCGGAGCCAUGUAUCUGCAAAAGAAAUGGAAGAGAAAAUAUUUGUAACAUGUUUCUUGGUUCAGUUUAUUAAAGGAACUUGUGUGAUCAGCCGAA